CAACACACACACACACACGCGCGCAUUUGGAGACCCAAAGCACGGCAUUCGCACUGCACAUCGGGAUCCACCAACACACCGACGGACAGUUGACGGCUCCUUUAAGAAAAACUAAGUCAGAAAAUAUCACCCCUCCUUCUUCAGAUCUCCACUUGGAUGGUAUUGCAUCAAAGAAAACCUUCACUGGAGUUGCAAGUGAUCGAGGACACGAUGGGGACUGUUUUUGAACAUCUUUACAAGAAUAUCUGAAGCAUUCCAAGUGAGGGAAGAGCGCGACGAGUCAUCAUUAAUUAAGCAACUUGACAACCUCGAUAUUGAUUGACAGCUUGCUUGUUGAGCGAGACUAGAGUAUCAAUGUUUUUUUUCUUCUGUAAGGGGCAUUUUACACCAGUCUCAAGCGUGAAGUCGUAGCCUAGUGUCGCUUGUCUAUGAACGGUCUCCCCGAGAAAGCGAAGGAGCUCUAUACUGGAUUGUGGCGUUUUUAUCUAUUGCUGGACUUACGCUGACAGUCUAGCAACCAUCCUCUCUGGAGAGACGAGCACAAUAUUCUUAAUCUUGCAUUUGGAGUUAGGUGUUUAUUUUCCCUCAGCCCUGGCCUCGUAGAAGACGUUUAGAGUCUGAUUGGAAUCGGCUAGAGUGACAGGCCGAUGGCGCAACGGGUGUGUAUUGACAGAACUUUUAGCAGUGGCAAUAAAGCUACAACUGAGACGUGGCUGAUUACUGUGCGCAAUUCUCCAUUUGUAUGGCACAACAAGCAGGCAGCUAUGCAAUAAGAGGUUGUUUCAGCCCUUUGGUAGAGCUAUAAGUUGUCAAGUAUACUUCUGCUACGUGCUAGCCUAUACUAUUCAGCAUUUUAACGUGUUAUGAAGACCUUCCCCACUAUGGAAUGGACGGAGUAGGGCUGCCCUCGACGAUGUAUGGGGACCCUCAUGCAGCGCGCUCCAUGCAGGCGGUUCACCUGAACCACGGGCCCCAGUUCCACUCGCACCAGUACCCGCACUCAACACACGCCAGUGCCAUACCGCCCAGUAUGGGCUCCUCCGUCAACGACGCUAUAAAAAGAGACAAAGAUGCCAUUUACGGGCACCCCCUUUUCCCACUUCUAGCUCUGAUUUUUGAAAAAUGUGAAUUAGCAACUUGCACGCCGAGAGAAACUGGGGUCGCUGGAGGCGACGUGUGUUCCUCCGAGUCUUUUAAUGAGGAUAUAGCAGUAUUUUCAAAACAGAUUCGAUCAGAGAAGCCUAUAUUUUCAUCAAAUCCAGAAAUUGAUAAUUUGAUGAUACAAGCAAUUCAAGUAUUACGGUUUCAUCUGCUCGAGCUGGAGAAGGUACACGAGCUAUGCGAUAAUUUCUGUCAUCGAUACAUCAGCUGCUUGAAAGGAAAAAUGCCCAUUGAUUUGGUCAUAGACGACAGGGACGGUGGAAAUAAAUCUGACAGUGAAGAUUUUACAAGAUCGUCUGGGCCUCUUGAUCAGAUCUCGUGGAGCAGAGACCACGAUGACACGGCAUCAGUUCGCUCGGCGGGGACGCCCGGGCCCUCCAGUGGGGGACACACGUCACACAGUGGGGACAAUAACAGUGAAGAAGGUGACUGCAUGGACAACGGGGUGGCCUCUCCCAGCACUGGGGACGACGACGACACUGACAAGGAAAAGAGGGAUCGUCACAACAAGAAGCGAGGCAUCUUCCCUAAGGUGGCCACCAACAUCAUGAGGGCGUGGCUCUUCCAGCACUUGACGCAUCCUUACCCUUCGGAAGAGCAGAAGAAACAACUGGCCCAGGACACAGGGUUAACGAUCCUACAAGUCAACAAUUGGUUCAUCAACGCGAGACGAAGAAUAGUUCAGCCCAUGAUCGACCAGUCCAAUAGAGCAGUGACUGGAGGAGGGCCCUACACCCCAGAUGGUCAACCAAUGGGAGGGUUCGUUAUGGACGGCCAGACACACAUGGGAAUCAGGCCACCUGGGCCCAUGGGUGGGAUGGGCAUGGGUAUGGGCGUGGAGGGACAGUGGCACUACAUGUGACCCUUUGCGGACUUAGCACAGAGCCCAAAGGGACGCACUAACUGCCAGGUAUUCCCGAGGACGGCGUGUCCCAUGGCGGUCGGAUCAGCACGGAUAUGGGCAUCACUCUGACCUUCACUGGUGCCCCUACCAUCACCUCUACCCUCACACCAACCAGCCCCACCACUGGGGCAUGAUCUCUCAGUGUUGCCCCUCCCUCCGUGACUCUUCCGUGACCCAGCGAUAUCGAUUGCGCUGGUGCCCAGCCCAAACUCACCACCAUCACCUGACUGUUUGUCAGUAGGGCUGGUGCCCGCCCCCCCUUUUCCAACUCCCCCCAUUUCCUUCAAGUGGUUCAGUCUGAGUAGCUACUGUUGCUGAACCACCAUCAUGACUAUGAGAGGCCUUGGAAACCCCCUCAUGCCUUGUGAGGACUUCUGACCUUGUGAGGACUUCCCUUCAGGGGACUACAAUUACUGGAGCUCUCCAGUGGAUACUUCAAUACUCUGUUAAUUCAACCAAUACAAACAAACACUUAGUCCUUCACUUUUCCCCCCUCUGCUGCAUUGCAUGGACAGUUAUAGAGGGUGAAGAUACUCUUGUCUUGGCAGUGGACUUGUACCCAGAGAAGAAGCCAAUGUCUGUAUUUACUGGGGGGUCUUUUUAAAACAACAAACACCCUGGAAACCAUUCUUUUUUUAUAUAAUGAAAUUGUUGUAAUUAUGGAAAAUUACAAUAAGGUGAGGCAAUAGUGUCCUGUUUACAGUUUUAUCACAAACUCUCUAAGGACAAGUAACAAUAACUAUUGCAAGUGCUCUGGUAUUGCUUUGCCGUACUAUGCUGUUUUUCAAAAAAGGACUUGACUUGUCUAAUUCACACUAUGUGUGUGAGUCUUUUUUCAUAGACUUUUAUCUCCUACCCCCACGAAUCUCUUUGCGUUUGAAAAUAAAAAUAAAUAACAGGACCAGUUUCUCUCAGUUUGCUGUAUGAACAACACAGAAAGGAACCAUUUCAAUGCUUUGAGGUCCUGUCAUACAAUUUAUAUUAUGUGGUAAAGAGCUUUGUAAACACUUAAGUAACUAGAGUGUAAUUACAGAUUUCCUUGCUACAUGUAGCCUAUAAGAGUAGUAAUUACAGGGCUACUACACAGGUAUGAGUGCAACUCAAUGUAAAGUGCUACCAAAACCCCAGUUAGUAACCCGGACAGUUAGUAGGAGGGUACAGCUUGGUACAAUACAGUGAUGGGAAAAAUUACACAGUAGAUUUCCUGCCUAGCGGCUGCCCCCUUCCCUGCUUCGCCUGGGUAGCUCUGUAUUUACUGACUAAUUACUUUGUUUGACUCACCGACUGUGGUGGAAAGGGCUUAUGCAGACACAGAUUGUGUCCCAAAUGGCACCCUACCCCUUAUAUGGUGCACUUGUUUUGACUAGGCCUCAUAGGGCUCUGGUCAAAAGUGCCAUAUAUUAUAUGGAAUGUGGUGCCAUUUGUGAUGCAUCCUCAGUGUUGGUGGUGUGGGUAAGAACAGAGAAGGGUCGCUAUCUCUCGCUCUUUGGUUUCUCAGCUGCUGUAUGAGGUGUGGCUGAAGGAAGCAGGCUGUUGAGGCCAAAAGGUUAUUCUGCAUGACGGACGCUGUUGUCACGUCCGAACCCCGACGAGAACAGACCAGGUGGGCUUUGAAGGUCCACUAAAUGAACAAGCACAUUGCUCUAUCUUCUUGUUCUUGUCUUUCAAUAUCUUGGAAUAACACAUUAGAAACUUACCUAGGACCUAUAGUCUCUCAGGUUUGAAUCACAAUGUGAGAAAAAAAGGUUUAACCAAAAUAAACUGUUGUGGCAUAUAGAAUGUU